AUUGACUUGGAAUUUUCUACAUCUAUUUGCGCCGCUAGCUCGGGUUUCUUUCUGAAGCAGGCUCUUCUGGAUUAAAAAAAAAAUCUCAAAACCAAAGCUUCUUCCUUUUUUACAAAUUCGUUCGUAUCUCCCAUUUUUUAUUUUUCUCGAUCUCCUAUCACAUCAUCUUAGUAAGAAUGAAGUGAAGAGAUUUCAGAAAAAUCUAAUCUUGUUCCCGUUCGAUUCGAGGAAAACAAAUUUCAGCUAGAUUAGUCGUAAAAAGUUUGAGAUUUGGAAUCGAAAAUUACUGUAAUGUUUUGGGUGACGGAACCUAGUGAUGAAAUCUUUGCUUGGGUUUUUUUGCGCUGAAGUGGAAACCCUAAUUUCUCGGGCUUUGUGUACUCGCAAACUUUGCACUCUGCAGUCACUAGUCAUCUUCUUCGCUCUUUUUGGCGGUUUCUUUGAAGAUUUUGCUUAGAGCCGUUAGUAAAUGGCGUCUAAAGGUGGCAAAUCUAAACCUGAUAUAGUAAUGGCGUCCAAAGGUGGCAAAUCUAAACCUGAUAAUGACUCCAGAGCUAAACGUCACAAGACGCUCGAAGCUCCUAAAGAACCACGUCGCCCGAAAACUCACUGGGACCAUGUUUUGGAGGAGAUGGCUUGGCUCUCAAAGGACUUUGAGUCUGAGAGGAAAUGGAAGCUGGCGCAGGCGAAGAAGGUUGCUUUGAGGGCCAGCAAAGGAAUGCUAGAUCAGGCAUCUAGGGAAGAAAGGAAGCUAAAGGAAGAAGAACAGCGGCUACGGAAAGUAGCUCUCAAUAUCUCUAAAGACAUGAAAAAGUUUUGGAUGAAAGUAGAGAAGCUGGUGCUUUACAAGCAUCAGCUGGUACGCAAUGAGAAGAAGAAGAAGGCUAUGGACAAGCAACUUGAAUUUCUGUUAGGCCAAACUGAGAGGUACUCAACCAUGUUGGCUGAAAAUUUAGUGGAGCCUUAUAAACAGGGCCAAAAUACUCCUUCAAAACCUCUACUAGCUAUCGAAUCAAAAAGUGAUGAGGAGAGGGCAGAACAGAUACCUCCAGAGAUAAAUUCUUCUGCAGGUCUUGAAUCAGGAAGUCCUGAACUCGAUGAGGACUAUGAUCUAAAAUCCGAGGAUGAGACCGAAGAUGAUGAAGAUACUAUUGAGGAGGAUGAAAAACACUUCACCAAACGGGAAAGACAGGAAGAGUUGGAAGCUUUGCAAAAUGAAGUGGAUCUACCAGUUGAGGAGCUGCUCAGACGUUAUACUGCUGGAAGAGUUAGCCGAGAAACCAGCCCAGUAAAAGAUGAAAAUGUGGACAAUCUGGCCUCAGUUAGCCGAGAAACUAGCCCAGUAAAAGAUGAAAAUGAGGACAAUCUGGCCUCAGUAGGUCAAGAUCAUGGAGAGGACAAGAACAAUCUUACAGCUUCUGAAGAAACUGAAGGGAACCCAAAUGUUCGUCGUUCUAAUGAUAGCUAUGGCCAUUUGGCAAUAUCUGAGACCCAUUCUCAUGACCUCGAACCAGGCAUGACGACUGCAUCUGUGAAGUCCAGAAAGGAAGAUCAUACCUAUGAUUUCAAUGAUGAACUGGAAGAUGUUGACUUUGUUGGUGCCACUGGUGAGGAGAAGGAUGAUGAGACAACAUUGGCUAUCGAAGAGGAAUUGGCGAAAGCUGAUAAUGAAGACCAUGUCGAAGAGAUUGCUCUGCUGCAAAAAGAGAAUGAAAUGCCUAUUGAAGUACUACUUGCAAGGUAUAAGGAGGAUUUCGGUGACAAGGAUAUAUCUGAGGAUGACUCUGAAUAUUCAUGUGCUCAAUCUGAAGACUCUAUAGUAAACUCUGACGAAAAUAGGCAGCAAGCUGAUUCAGAUAAUGAAAACGUUGAUUCAACAGAAUGUAAGCCAGAUCCAGAGCCUUGCUCAGAAAAUGUUGAAGGCACAUUCCAUGAAAUAACAGAAGAUAAUGGUAAAGAUAGUAGUGAUAAAAUUGCUGAUGCAGCAGCAGCAGCAAGAUCUGCGCAGCCAACUGGAUUUACAUACUCCACAACAAAAGUUCGAACGAAACUGCCGUUUCUACUCAAGCAUUCUCUGCGUGAGUACCAACACAUUGGUUUGGACUGGCUUGUCACGAUGUAUGAGAAAAGGCUGAACGGUAUUCUGGCUGAUGAAAUGGGUCUUGGAAAGACCAUUAUGACCAUUGCUCUUCUAGCACACCUCGCAUGUGAUAAGGGGAUAUGGGGUCCCCAUCUGAUUGUGGUUCCAACAAGUGUGAUGCUUAAUUGGGAGACGGAGUUUCUUAAAUGGUGUCCUGCAUUUAAAAUUCUCACCUACUUUGGUAGUGCAAAGGAGCGGAAACUCAAGAGACAAGGAUGGAUGAAGCUUAACUCAUUUCAUGUAUGCAUAACGACCUAUAGGCUAGUUAUUCAGGACAGUAAAAUGUUCAAGCGCAAGAAGUGGAAAUACUUGAUUCUUGACGAAGCCCAUUUAAUUAAGAAUUGGAAGUCUCAGAGAUGGCAGACACUAUUGAACUUCAAUUCUAAACGCAGAAUUUUGUUGACUGGUACACCACUGCAGAAUGAUCUUAUGGAAUUGUGGUCACUUAUGCAUUUUCUGAUGCCACAUGUUUUUCAGUCCCACCAGGAAUUCAAAGAUUGGUUCUGUAACCCGAUAGCAGGGAUGGUUGAGGGACAAGAAAAAAUCAACAAAGAAGUUAUUGAUCGCUUACAUAAUGUCCUCCGUCCUUUCCUUCUACGGCGCCUAAAAAGGGAUGUGGAGAAGCAACUUCCUUCGAAACAUGAGCAUGUUAUUUUCUGUAGACUGUCUAAGAGGCAACGCAACUUGUAUGAGGACUUCAUAGCAAGCACAGAAACACAGGCUACGCUUAACAGUGGAAGCUUUUUUGGGAUGAUAAGUAUCAUAAUGCAGUUGCGGAAAGUUUGUAAUCAUCCUGAUCUCUUUGAGGGUCGUCCUAUUGUAAGUUCUUUUGAUAUGGCUGGCAUUGAUGUGCAGUUGAGUUCAACAAUCUGUUCGCUGCUUUUGGAAAGUCCGUUCUCCAAGGUUGAUCUUGAGGCUUUGGGAUUCUUAUUCACCCAUCUUGAUUUUUCGAUGACUUCUUGGGAAGGAGAUGAGAUAAAAGCUAUUUCAACACCCUCAGAAUUAAUCAAACAGCGUGUGAACUUGAAGGAUGAUAUGGAAGCAAUCCCUUUGAGUUUGAAAAACCGCAAAAAUCUGCAAGGGACAAAUAUUUUUGAAGAAAUUCGUAAGGCUGUUUUUGAGGAAAGGGUUAAAGAAACUAAGGAUCGGGCAGCAGCCAUUGCCUGGUGGAAUUCUUUGAGAUGCCAGAGAAAGCCGACUUACUCUACAUCUCUAAGAACUCUUUUGACCAUUAAGGGUCCUCUUGAUGAUAUACACCAUCUUAAAGCUAACUGUUCAUCUUACAUGUAUUCCUCAAUCCUCGCUGACAUAGUUCUUUCACCGAUCGAGCGUUUUCAGCAAAUGAUUGAGCUAGUUGAAGCUUUCACUUUUGUGAUUCCAGCUGCACGAGUGCCUUCACCUGCUUGCUGGUGCAGCAAAAGUGACUCUCCUGUUUUUCUUAGUCCAUCAUACAAGGAGAAAGUUACAGAUUUAUUGUCACCUCUUUUAUCUCCAAUUAGACCUGCAAUCGUUAGGAGACAAGUAUAUUUCCCAGAUAGGCGACUGAUACAGUUUGAUUGUGGUAAGCUGCAGGAGCUUGCAAUGUUAUUGAGGAAAUUAAAAUUUGGGGGUCACAGAGCGUUGAUAUUCACGCAAAUGACCAAGAUGCUUGACGUCUUGGAGGCUUUCAUUAAUUUAUAUGGUUAUACCUACAUGCGUCUUGACGGCUCUACUCCGCCAGAAGAGAGGCAGACAUUAAUGCAGCGGUUUAAUACAAAUCCCAAGAUCUUUCUUUUCAUUUUGUCAACCCGAAGUGGGGGCGUUGGCAUCAACCUUGUGGGUGCGGACACAGUUAUAUUCUAUGACAGUGACUGGAAUCCUGCUAUGGAUCAACAAGCUCAAGAUCGCUGCCACAGGAUAGGUCAAACACGUGAAGUGCAUAUUUACCGGUUGAUAAGUGAGAGCACCAUUGAGGAGAAUAUCUUAAAGAAAGCAAACCAGAAGCGUGUGCUUGAUAACCUAGUAAUACAAAACGGAGAGUAUAACACCGAAUUUUUCAAGAAGCUCGAUCCAAUGGAAUUGUUCUCUGGGCAUAAGACUCUGACUACAAAGGAUGAAAAGGAAACAAGCAAAAAUUGCGGGGCGGAGAUACCUCUGUCAAAUGCAGAUGUUGAGGCUGCUUUAAAACAGGCAGAAGAUGAGGCAGACUAUAUGGCUCUUAAAAGAGUAGAACAAGAAGAAGCUGUGGACAAUCAAGAGUUUACAGAAGAACCUGUAGAGAGACCAGAAGACGAUGAGCUAGUAAAUGAAGAUGACAUAAAGGCUGAUGAGCCUGCUGAUCAAGGUUUAGUUGCAGCCGGGUUGGCCAAAGAAGAAAUUUCAUUGUUACAUAGUGAUAUUAGGGAUGAGAGAGCUGUAAUCACUACUUCAAGCCAAGAAGAUGACGCUGAUGUGUUAGAUGAUGUCAAGCAAAUGGCUGCAGCAGCCGCUGAUGCUGGACAAGCUAUCUCAUCUUUUGAGAAUCAGCUACGUCCUAUUGAUAGAUAUGCGAUUAGAUUUUUAGAGCUUUGGGACCCUAUCAUUGUUGAGGCUGCAAUGGAAAAUGAAGCGGGAUUUGAAGAGAAAGAAUGGGAACUUGACCACAUUGAGAAGUACAAGGAGGAAAUGGAAGCUGAGAUUGAUGAUGGGGAAGAGCCUCUUGUUUACGAGAAAUGGGAUGCUGAUUUUGCAACCGAGGCAUACAGGCAGCAAGUGGAAGUCUUAGCUCAGCACCAGUUGAUGGAAGAUUUGGAAAAUGAAGCUAGAGAGAGGGAAGCUGCAGAGGUGGCUGAUAUGGAUUUGACACAGAACGUAAGUGCUCAUGUACUGAAGCCUAAGAAGAAGAAAAAGGCGAAGAAAGCCAAAUAUAAAUCCCUGAAGAAAGGAUCACUGGCUGCCGAAGCAAAACAUGUGAAGUCAGUUGUGAAAAUUGAAGAUUCGACUGAUGAUGAUAAUGAAGAAUUCGGCUAUGUGAGUAGCAGUGACUCAGAUAUGGUUACACCACUUUCGCGGAUGCAUAUGAAAGGCAAGAAAAGAGAUUUAAUUGUUGACACUGAAGAAGAGAAAACCUCGCAGAAGAAAGCAAAGAAGCACAAGAAGUCUAUUCUGAAUUCAGAUAUCAAAUAUAAGCAAACAAGUGCUCUACUUGAGGAACUGGAACCAUCAAAGCCGUCUGACAGUGUGGUUGUUGAUAAUGAAUUGAAACUGACGAACAGGGGUAAAACUAUAGGGAAAAAAUUCAUCACUUCCAUGCCAAUAAAGCGUGUUCUUAUGAUCAAGCCAGAGAAAUUGAAGAAAGGAAAUCUGUGGUCUAGAGAUUGUGUUCCCUCGCCUGAUUCUUGGUUGCCUCAGGAAGAUGCUAUAUUGUGUGCCAUGGUUCAUGAAUAUGGGCCUAAUUGGAAUUUGGUUAGCGGAACUCUUUAUGGAAUGACAGCUGGUGGGGCUUACAGAGGAAGGUAUCGACAUCCUGCAUAUUGUUGUGAGAGAUAUAGAGAGCUUAUCCAACGACAUAUUUUGUCUGCUUCCGACAGUGCAGUGAACGAGAAGAACGUCAACACAGGUUCUGGGAAGGCUCUCCUUAAAGUCACUGAGGAAAAUAUACGGACACUCCUAAAUGUUGCAGCUGAGCAGCCAGAUACGGAGAUGCUCCUACAAAAACAUUUUUCUUGCUUGCUGUCAUCAAUUUGGAGGACGUCGACCCGAACUGGGAAUGAUCAAAUGCUCUCCUUAAAUAGUCCUAUUUUCAACAGACAGUUUAUGGGUUCCGUGAAUCACACCCAAGAUUUAGCUAGAAAGCCUUGGCAGGGGAUGAAGGUCACCAGCUUAAGUAGAAAGUUGUUAGAAUCUGCUCUCCAGGAUUCCGGCACGAGUCAGCCAGACGAUACUGUUUCCCGUUCUAGGUUGCAGGAGAAUCAACCUAUCAAUAAAGUGGGAUUAGACUUAACCUUGGAAUUCCCACGCGGCAAAGAUGAUUCCCUGACACAGUUUCCACCCAUGAUAAAUCUGUCCAUUGAUGGGUCAGAUUCAUUAAAUUAUGUGAACGAGCCCACAGGGGAAGAUGUUCUAAAAGGUUCUAGGGUUGCUGCAGAGAACCGUUACAGGAAUGCUGCAAAUGCUUGUAUUGAAGAUUCAUUUGGAUGGGCUUCAAACACGUUCUCAGCCAAUGAUCUGAAGUCAAGAACAGGCACGAAAACACAGUCCCUGGGGAAACACAAGCUAUCUGGCUCAGACUCAGCCAAGUCAACAAAAAGCAAACACCGCAAACUCCUAGCAGAGCAAUUGGAAGUGGCAUGGGUUAGGCCAAAUGACCCGAAUCUCAAGUUUGAUUUCACACCUGCUGAUAGGGAGGACGAGGAGCAGGAGGUGGAGGAGAACGCGGUUUCAGAAGAGAUAGAGAUGAUAAGUUGUUCACAAUGGUAUGAUCCAUUCUUUACCUCAGGCCUUGAUGAUUGCUCACUAGCUUCGGAUAUCUCAGAAAUAGAGUAGUAAAAGCCUUUUUGUAAAAGUAAAAACCUGCUUGCAGAAGAAAAUGCUGAUUAUUAUGGAUGACCAUUUUCUUAACGACCCAUAUUGUAAAAGCAGAAAGUGACAGCUUCGUAGGUUUUUUGUGUUUCCAAAGUUCAUCUAAUAUCAAAUAUGAUUUUAUCCC